AUGAAAGGUCACCGCAAGAACAUUCCCAUGAUCCACAUUGAAUCUAGCCACGGGCGCACCACAGUUUCUGCAGUUGCAAAUCAAAGCGAGCUGUUCCAGAUCUUGGCAGCCGUCUCAUUCGAUUGCACGAUGCAAAUUCAUAUCAAUGGAUCCCAUUCACAAGGGCCUUCAGGUAUAACGAGACCGCCUCUAAAGCGCCGACGCUCAAGGUAUGCAAGUCUAGUUAGGAGCGACGCGGAAUUGAACACACGUCUAAGUUCAGUGCUGCCAGUUGAUUGGGACGGUUUGAUCAUUGAUCAAUACCCCGACGAACAGACUGAGGCGAUCUAUCUAAUCAAAGCUUCGAACAUCAGACAAGAGCGGGCAUUGACAGAGAAUGAGAUUUCUCGAUUUGAACCAGGCGAUUUGGUGCUGGCAAAUGUCCACGAACCGACUACUGAUCCUAACGGCAGAGUUGGCGGUGAUGAUGUUACGGCCACGAUAUUCGGCCAAGCAGUGUCGAAAGCUCGUUUUCACAUUCUCCUGGAGAAACACCCAAAGCAUGGGGUAUUUGCUCCAAUUGGGUCGCGCGGCUUGAAGGGAUUGCAGGGCCUUAGCGAGAUGGAGCGACGUUGUCGUGUUGGCUUUCGCAAGGCAGAAGAAAACUUCGAUCGUGACAGGCUUAUCACAGAAGACCCUGAGUUUUUGUCGUUACAUGAUCCUCUAGAGCUUCGGCAGGGCGUACUAGAUCGUUGGUCAUUUCUGGAUCUCUCCUACCUAACGCCCUUAUACUGGUCCUCCAACGUCCAAUUCAAAGGAUAUCUGACCAGAUCAGAUACACGCAGAGUACUCGAACUUUAUGAUAGCUUAUAUCGUGUGAGCCCAGAUCCAAGCAAUAGAGCUGCGCCAUUGACUUCCCCAGCAGACAAUGACGCUGCCACAAGGCCUUUGCUACCUCUCAGCCCCAAACAUCUGAGACAAGAUAUCAAUCUUCGUUCGGCAGCAUUUUAUGAGGUGGCGGGGCAAGCUGAUUAUGAACAACCAACGCUUGACAGGUCCGCUUCCAAUGCCAAAGAUGAUCCGGAUCGAUCGAAAGGCACGGCAGAAGAACAAAAGAGAGCAUUCACCAAACGGAACACGGAAAACGCAUCAGUCGUCCAAGACCUAGUGAAAACCGAAAAGAAAUUCUUUAAGGAUGUGGAUGAUGCCACUCUGAGUGCAGCCCAAGCGGAGAUACACGCUAGAAAAACACUGCUAGAAUACCAGGACAUGGUGUCGACCGGUACAGCGGGAGAGCAUGCCCUUGAGCUAUACAAGAUCGCGGCAGAACAAGCCGUGCUAGAUCGUGAUAUGGCACUAGAGAAGAGGGACAGAUUGACUGCAUCAGUUGAGGAGGUACUGGCGCAUCCAGAACUCAGGCCCCGCGUGCCUGCUGGCACAGACAUCAAUGAACAGCGACUGACUAUCAUCAAAAACGCCACCAGAUCGCUUCAGAAUCGACUACAGAGCAUCGCCAAGCAAAAGUAG